CCUCCGGCCCUCCCCAAGCAGCCACGGCAGCCCAAGCUCCUCCCCGGCACACGGGCAGGCUCUGAACCCCACUCCAGCUGCUGCCGACUGUGCCUUUAAAUUGCUGCUUUCGGAGGGUGCAUCUGGGGGAGGUGGGAGGCAGGAAAACAUCUUCCUACCGGUCUCCCUCCUCCCUCCCCACCAAGACUCUUCAGGGUUUAGAGAGUGAUUGCUGCCCAGAGAGAGUCUUUUCCAGCUCCCGGCUGGCAGGCUAAGGCCCUCCGGAGCCCAAGGCAAGCUCAAGCAGAAGCCAGUAGGGUUAUCUGUGUCAGGAUCAUUUCCAGGGGAACAGUUCUGGCCCCUGGCAGGUAAAGACGGGCCAGAGGAGAAGAGGCAGAAGAGGAGAGAGAGCAGGCUCUUUGCGAGCAGCCCAAGUUGGAGAAAGGCUCUGUACUUUUGGCGUUCCUGCAGGGAUAUCCUCUCUCACGUUGGCAGCCAGGCUGAGAAAGGGCUUCAAGAUCCCCGCGGAAUGACAACUCUUGUUCCUGCAACCCUCUCCUUCCUUCUCCUCUGGACCCUGCCAGGGCAGGUCCUCCUCAGGGUGGCCUUGGCAAAAGAGGAAGUCAAAUCUGGAACCAAGGGGUCCCAGUCCAUGUCCCCCUCUGAUUUCCUAGACAAACUUAUGGGGAGAACAUCUGGGUAUGAUGCCAGGAUUCGACCCAAUUUUAAAGGCCCACCCGUGAACGUGACCUGCAACAUCUUCAUCAACAGUUUCGGCUCCGUCACUGAGACCACCAUGGACUACCGGGUAAAUGUCUUCUUGAGGCAACAGUGGAAUGACCCACGCCUGUCCUACCGAGAAUAUCCUGACGACUCUCUGGACCUCGAUCCCUCCAUGCUGGACUCUAUCUGGAAGCCAGACCUGUUCUUUGCCAAUGAGAAAGGGGCCAACUUCCAUGAGGUGACCACGGACAACAAGUUACUGCGCAUCUUUAAGAAUGGGAAUGUGCUCUACAGCAUCAGGUUGACCCUCAUUUUGUCCUGCCCAAUGGACCUCAAGAACUUCCCCAUGGACAUCCAGACCUGCACGAUGCAGCUGGAGAGUUUUGGCUACACCAUGAAUGACCUCGUGUUUGAGUGGCUGAAAGAUGCUCCUGCUGUCCAAGUGGCUGAGGGGCUGACUCUGCCCCAGUUUAUCUUGCGGGAUGAGAAGGAUCUAGGCUAUUGUACCAAGCACUACAACACAGGGAAAUUCACCUGCAUCGAGGUAAAGUUUCACCUGGAGCGGCAGAUGGGCUACUAUCUGAUUCAGAUGUACAUCCCCAGCCUACUCAUCGUCAUCCUGUCCUGGGUCUCCUUCUGGAUCAACAUGGAUGCUGCCCCUGCCCGUGUGGGCCUGGGCAUCACCACCGUGCUCACCAUGACCACCCAGAGCUCUGGCUCCCGGGCCUCUUUGCCUAAGGUGUCCUACGUGAAGGCAAUCGACAUCUGGAUGGCUGUGUGUCUGCUCUUUGUGUUCGCUGCCUUGCUGGAGUAUGCUGCUGUCAAUUUUGUUUCUCGUCAGCAUAAAGAAUUCAUACGACUUCGAAGAAGGCAGAGGCGCCAACGCAUGGAGGAAGAUAUCAUCCAAGAAAGUCGUUUCUAUUUCCAUGGCUAUGGCUUGGGCCACUGCCUGCAGGCAAGAGAUGGAGGUCCAAUGGAAGGUUCUGGCAUUUAUAGUCCCCAACCUCCAGCCCCUCUUCUAAGGGAAGGAGAAACCAUGCGGAAACUCUACGUGGACCGAGCCAAGAGAAUUGACACCAUCUCCCGGGCUGUCUUCCCUUUCACUUUCCUCAUCUUCAAUAUCUUCUACUGGGUUGUCUAUAAAGUGCUACGGUCAGAAGAUAUCCACCAGGCUCUGUGA